AUGGAAGAAACCUACCUCCUAAACGUGGAAGGAGUCAAGAAGAAGAUUUUGCAUGGAGGUUAUGGGAAACUGCCUCAUUUUCAAGAUGGGAGCAAGACCCUGAAAGACGAUUUUGAGCGGACAGUGAUCGAUGACAGCCGGAAUAGUGGGGUUCCCAUGGAGAUCAUCGUGGGGAAGAUGUUCAAAAUCGAAGUAUGGGAGACGUUGCUGACCUCCAUGAGAAUCAACGAGGUGGCCGAAUUCUGGUGCGACGCUAUACAUACAGGAAUGUAUGCUUUGGUCUCCAAAGGCUUGAGGGAAAUUGCGGAGGGCAAAGAUCCUCUCCACAGACUGCAUCACCACUGUGGAAUGGGCAACAUGUUUGACUAUCACAGCACCGGCUACGAAGAUCUGGACGAACUACAGAGGACACCUCAGCCCCUCAUCUUCAUCAUGGAGCUAUUCAAAGUAGAGGACCCUUCUUCCUACAAAAGAGACACAUGGGCCAUGAGCAGCGAUGAGAAGUUGGCUGCUGUGCCAAAAUUACACACGGAGGGCAACCGGCUGGUUUUGUCCAGGAAAUUCAAGGAAGCCGCAGAGAAGUAUCAGGAAGCUGUCAUCUGUUUGCGCAAUCUCCAGGUUAAGGUUGCCUUGAUGCUGACCCGGAUUCCCACGCCGCCUCCUCUUCUGAUUCAGCUGCUGAAGGGGCCGGCGUCUGACAGGCCACAUACUUUCUCCACCAGCAUCUGUAAGAACAUAGUUCUGGAUAAAUGGUCACAGUUUCUCUAG